UCAACGAUGCCGUUGUUUCCCUCAGAGAAGUCCCCAACAGGCGAACAUCUUCUGAUGUUCACAACAAACCCCCUUGUGAUAAAUGCCACCUGCUAUCCAUAAAAAAGAAAAAGAAAAGUAUUACAUCACUGUCAAUAAUGGAUUUAUUCAAAUAACCGACCCUUUUACUAAUAAUAAACUGAAUCUGAUGUACAUCAGCAAAUCAUUUCCGUGCAGUAUAUUCCUACUUCCCUUUCUGAGCUUCUUGAUUCAUUUCUCUUCUGAUUAGAAACCAAAAUUAGCGGUGCCGCUUAGUUCUAUUAAAGAGGAGUAGCAGCAGAUACUCACAAACCAAAACAAACUUGUUUGGUGUGAUUUUGAUUUUGAAUCCAGACGAUGGGAUCGUUGAAAACUGAUGAAGAUGAUUUAGUAAUAAGUGGUAGUGUCGACGAGUCAAAACAGGAAGCAAUUAUUUAUGUUAAUGGUGUUCGUAGAAUACUUCCCAAUGGAUUAGCUCACUUUACACUUCUUGAAUAUCUCAGAGAUAUAGGUCUGACAGGAACCAAGCUUGGCUGUGGCGAAGGUGGUUGUGGGGCUUGUACAGUGAUGGUUUCUUAUUUUGAUCAAUUAUCAAAGAAGACUGUACACAGUGCAGUAAAUGCAUGCUUGACUCCUCUUUAUUCUGUAGAAGGAAUGCAUGUCAUUACUGUAGAGGGCAUUGGGAACCGUCGACAAGGCUUGCACCCUGUCCAGGAGACAAUGGCGCGCUCUCAUGGAUCACAAUGUGGAUUUUGUACUCCAGGUUUUAUCAUGUCCAUGUAUGCAUUAUUGAGGUCGAAUCGGGGAUGUCCCAGUGAAGAACAAAUAGAGGAGAGCCUUGGUGGAAAUUUAUGUCGUUGCACAGGGUACAGGCCAAUUAUUGAUGCAUUUAGAGUCUUUGCUAAAACUGAUAACAUCUUGUACGUUGAUAAUGGAAAGCCUUGUUCUUCAGAAAGUCCUUCAGGGAGUGAAUUUAUUUGCCCCUCUACUGGGAAGCCAUGUUCUUGUGGAACGAAGGUAAUAAAUGAUGAUAACUGUACGCCAGACUCUGAAAAUUGUAACAGCAUUUAUAAGCCUGUUUCGUACAAUGAGAUAGAUGGUAGCUCCUACCGGGAGAAAGAACAUAUUUUCCCUCCGGAGCUUCUACUGAGGAAAUUAAAGCCGUUGAGUUUGACUGGAUUUGGUGGGAUUAAGUGGUAUCGCGCCCUCAGACUCCAACAUGUGUUGGAUUUGAAGUCAAAAUAUCCUGAUGCAAAGUUUGUAAUUGGUAACACGGAAGUAGGAAUUGAGAUGAAGCUAAAGGGUCUCAAGUACCAGGCCUUAGUUUCUGUUGCUCAUGUACCUGAGCUUAACAAUUUAAAUGUCAAGGAUGACGGAUUGGAGAUUGGUGCUGCUAUAAGGUUAAGUGAUCUCCACAAGUUUCUUAAAAAGGUGUCUGCAGAACGUGCUUGUCAUGAAACUUCGGCUUGUAGAGCUUUUGUUGAACAAAUAAAAUGGUUUGCUGGAAAACAAAUUAGAAAUGUUGCAUCUGUUGGUGGAAAUAUCUGUACUGCUAGUCCAAUAUCAGAUUUAAACCCACUAUGGAUGGCUGCUGGAGCAAGGUUUCAAGUGAUUGACUGCAGUGGAAACAUCAGAACAGUCAACGCAAAAGAUUUCUUUUUAGGGUACCGCAAAGUAGAUCUGGCUAGCAAUGAGAUUUUACUCUCGAUUUUUUUACCAUGGACUAGACAGUAUGAGUAUGUUAAAGAAUUCAAGCAAGCUCAUCGGAGGGAAGAUGAUAUUGCCCUAGUAAAUGCUGGAAUGCGUGUUUUCCUCGAAAAGACUACUGAAGGUAGUUGGGCAGUUGCCGAUGCCUCCAUUGUUUAUGGUGGGGUGGCUCCUGUUUCUCUAAGUGCAUCGAAAACUGAAGUGCUACUUACUGGAAAAAUUUGGGGUCAGGGUCUUAUCCAAGAUGCUCUGAGAGAACUGAGAGAAGACAUUGUGAUUAAAGAUGGUGCACCUGGUGGAAUGGUGGAAUUCCGGAGAUCAUUAACAUUAAGUUUCUUUUUCAAGUUUUGCCUGUGGGUUUCACAUCAAAUGGAGGGGGAACAAUCCUUCAAGGAAACUGUACCAUUGUCCUAUCUGUCGGCCGUACAGUCUUUCUGCAGGCCAUUUCCUACAGCAAGUCAGAAUUAUGAUAUAACGAAACUAGGCACCGCUGUGGGUUUACCUGAGAUUCAUCUCUCAUCAAGACUCCAGGUAACUGGAGACGCUGAGUAUGUGGACGAUACAGCCACGCCUCCUGACUGUUUGCAUGCUGCUUUAAUCUUGAGCCGAAAGCCUCAUGCUCGUAUAGUCUCGAUAGAUGAUUCAGAAGCCAAAUCCUCUCCGGGGUUUGCAGGUUUAUUUCUUGCUAAAGAUCUACCCGGAGGUAAUACAAUCGGUCCAGUUGUUCAUGAUGAAGAACUCUUUGCUUCAGAGUUCGUUACUUGUGUCGGUCAGCUUAUAGGGGUAGUUGUGGCUGAUACGCAUGACAAUGCAAAAUUAGCGGCACGGAAGGUCCAUGUCGAGUAUGAAGAGCUGCCUUCAGUUCUAUCCAUAAAGGAUGCCCUAAAAUCGAACAGUUAUCAUCCUAAUACUGAAAGAUUCUUGAUAAAAGGGGAUGUAGAUCUCUGUCUUAAAUCAGGUGAAUGUGACAAAAUUAUAGAAGGUGAGGUUCAUAUUGGAGGUCAAGAGCAUUUCUAUUUCGAGACGCAGGGCACUUUGGUAUGGACAUUGGAUGGUGGCAAUGAAGUCCAUAUGAUAUCAUCUACUCAAGCCAUUCAGAAACACCAGAUUUAUGUUUCUCAUGUUCUUGGACUUCCAAUGUCAAAAGUUGUCUGCAAGACCAAGCGAAUCGGUGGAGGGUUUGGUGGGAAGGAGACGAGGUCAGCCAUCAUUGCCGCUGCAGCUUCUGUACCGUCCUAUCUUUUAAAUCGACCAGUAAAACUUAUAUUAGACCGUGAUGUAGACAUGAUGAUAACUGGUCAACGUCAUAGCUUCCUGGGAAAAUACUAUUUUCUUUUGAAGGUUGGAUUCACAAAUGAAGGACGGAUGCUGGGGUUAGACCUUGAGAUCUAUAACAAUGCUGGAAAUUCACUCGAUUUGUCACUGCCAAUCCUAGAACGCGCCAUGUUUCAUUCAGAUAACGUCUAUGACAUACCAAACAUGAGAGUUAGAGGAAGGGUCUGCUAUACAAAUAUGCCAAGUAACACAGCUUUCCGGGGAUUUGGUGGACCACAGGGAAUGCUUGUUGCGGAAAACUGGAUUCAACGAGUUGCCGUGGAACUCAAGAAAAGCCCUGAAGAGAUUCGAGAAAUUAAUUUUCAGAAGGAAGGUUAUGUUUUGCAUUAUGGUCAGGAACUUCAGAACUUUACAGUGCCCCGGAUUUGGGAUGAACUUAAAUCAUCGUGCGACUUCAUAGAGGCUCGAAAGGAAGCUGAUCAAUUUAACCUUCAAAAUCGCUGGAAGAAGCGUGGAAUUGCCAUGAUUCCCACAAAGUUCGGUAUCUCUUUCACAUCGAAGUUCAUGAACCAGGCAGGUGCUCUUGUGCAAGUCUAUACUGAUGGGACUGUUUUAGUGACGCAUGGGGGUGUAGAGAUGGGACAAGGUCUACACACAAAGGUUGCUCAAAUUGCCGCUUCAUCUUUCCAUCUUCCGCUCAAUUCUAUAUUUAUUUCAGAAACAAGCACUGACAAGGUCCCAAAUUCAUCACCAACGGCAGCUUCUGCAAGUUCAGAUAUGUAUGGGGCAGCAGUUUUGGAUGCCUGUGAGCAAAUAAAAGCUCGGAUGGAGCCUAUUGCCUCUAGAAAUAAGCAUAAUUCCUUUGCUGAGUUGGCAUUGGCGUGUUACUUCGAACGCAUAGAUCUUUCUGCUCAUGGAUUUUACAAAACACCUGAUAUCGGUUUUGAUUGGAACACUGGUAAAGGAUCCCCUUUUAGUUAUUUCACUUAUGGAGCUGCAUUUGCUGAGGUUGAGAUAGAUACAUUAACUGGAGAUUUCCACACAAGGACGGCCAAUAUUAUUAUGGAUCUUGGACAUUCCAUCAACCCUGCCAUCGACAUUGGACAGAUUGAAGGUGCUUUUGUACAAGGCUUGGGUUGGGUUGCCUUGGAAGAGCUGAAAUGGGGAGAUGCAGAUCACAAAUGGAUCCCACCUGGCCAUCUCUACACCUGUGGCCCGGGAACUUACAAACUUCCUUCUGUGAAUGAUAUUCCUCUCAAUUUCAAUGUUUCACUUCUGAAGGAUGCUCCAAAUCCGAAGGCAAUACACUCAUCUAAAGCUGUAGGGGAGCCUCCAUUUUUCCUUGCCACCUCAGUGUUUUUCGCUAUUAAAGAUGCAAUUACAGCAGCCAGAGCAGAGGUGGGACUUAAUGAAUGGUUUCCUCUAGAUAAUCCAGCAACUCCAGAAAGAAUUCGGAUGGCUUGUGCGGAUGAUUUAACUAAACCCUUCGCUGGACCAGAUUAUCGCCCGAAACUGAGCGUGUAAUUUGCCAUGACAGGUUGUGUAUAAAUUUGUACAAUGAGUGAACGAGUAGAAAGAAGAAGAGAAAAUGUAGUUCAAACCUUUCUUUACUAUAAUCAAUUCUGCUGAGAAGUAAUGUUAGUUAUUCACUUGAUGUAUUUGGUUCUA